AUGCAUUUUUCUGUGCUAUUAGCUGUAGGAGCAUUGUCUCUUUCAGUUACAGCACUCAAGAACCCAGUCCAACAUGGACCUACCAGGAUCGACGAACUUUCAACCACGGGAAUCCAACGCACAUCCGGAGCAGACACCAUCUCGCUCCUCGGGGGAGAAAGCAUCAUUGACUGCCCUGGCAACUCGGCCACUGUCACCGUCGACGCUAUUGCUGCCAAAGAUUCCCUCAUUCAUGAUAUAACCUCUGGUGUCACACUCACACCAGGACUCUGUCUCCAUGCCGAGUCCGGAAAAGGUUUCAAGACAUACGCACAAGUCUGCAACCACUCCAACUCGACCAUGCUCGUCGACACCGUCGCUUCCACUGCUGCCCUCAACUUGCUAUCGACAUCCUGCUCUCAAAACCUCGCCAGCGGGACCUUGACAACAAGCUCGAAGCUCUAUUUUGCCAUCUUUGCAACAUCUGGAAACGAAGUUGCCACCCGCACUGCAACAAAGAAAACUCGUACACUGCAAAAGCGUUGCUCAUAUCAGACUCUACUACCCGUCAACGGCUGCGACGAUGAAGUCUGUGAUCCCAAGAUUGUGAGGAACGGCAGCGGUGACUGUCCGAACGUCGGCAAUGAUGAGACCGAUGGUUGCAGCUAUCAUUGUGAAAUUCGCGCAGCUCGCUUUUUUGGUCCAGCCCAGACGUUUGACGGCGCCGCUUUUUGCUCGGCGGGAGGUUGUUCUCUCACAGUUGGCAAAAGCUACACCAUCGAGAAAUCUGUCAGUGCCUCUCUAGGACUGGAGGGUGCUGGUCCCCUCGAGAGUGUUUUGAGUGCCGGUAUCAGUUUCAGCUAUACAGUUGCCGAGACCAACACUCUAGAACAGGGCUAUGACUUUGGUGAAGGUAAGUGCGGACAGUGGUACAAAGCGCCUGUUCUCAAGAAUUCAUGCGGCACCUUGAGCGAGUACGAACCCAACUUCGGCGGUGAUGGUGGUCUCUAUUGUCUUGUUGAUGCUCCAUUGUCGAGCUCUAAGGCGUGGUGUGCGGUUGUGCAGUCAAAGGUACCCAGUACCGACGAGAAUAACUCCACUCCAGACGUUCGUAUCAUCCAGAGAUACGCAGACUGCACAAACAGUGUGUUCUACGCGAAUGACGCGCCUGAGCAAAGCGACGCGUGGAAAAUUGCAUACGGAUCAGGCAAUGAUGUAGUAAAAACUUGUUAA